UUUCAUUGAUUUUUUGUUGUCUGUCUGUCAAGGAAGCGAGCUGCUCUUGGAGGUACAGUCGUUGAAUUCUGGUUUGUUUGGGUGACAGUAGUCAUACGGUAAUGCUCAAACGAUAACCAUGAGUCCAACUUUUGCGGUCCUUUUGGUUUUCGGUGGGUGUUGCAGUAACGUCGUAUUUUUGGAACUUUUAGUAAGGGACUUCCCAGGAUGUGGAAACAUUGUCACGUUCGCACAGUUUGCCUUUAUUGCUCUGGAAGGCUUCAUAUUUGAAACCAACUUUGGAAGAAAGAAGCCUGCAAUACCUAUGAGCAAUUAUGUGAUCAUGGUGACCAUGUUCUUCACCGUCAGCGUGAUUAAUAACUACGCCCUCAACUUCAACAUUGCCAUGCCCUUGCACAUGAUCUUCAGAUCUGGAUCUUUGAUAGCCAACAUGAUUCUUGGUAUCAUUAUUUUGAAGAAAAGGUAUACAGCAAGUAAAUACCUAUCCAUAGUUUUGGUGUCUGCUGGAAUCUUCAUCUGCACAAUCAUGUCCGCUAAACAAGUGAAUGUAGAGCCAGGAGCAACAGAGGAUGAGAGUGUGUAUGCCUUCAUGCGCUGGCUGCUGGGCAUUGCUAUGUUGACCUUUGCCCUGCUCAUGUCUGCGCGGAUGGGAAUCUUCCAGGAGACCCUGUACAAGCAGUAUGGAAAGCACUCCAAGGAAGCACUUUUCUACAAUCAUUGCCUCCCAUUGCCAGGAUUUCUACUGUUAUCAACUGACAUCUACAACCACUGUCUACUCUUCAACAAAAGUGCUCCUGUGGAGGUCCCUGUAGUUGGACAGGCUGUCCCCGUCAUGUGGUUGUAUCUUCUGAUGAACGUUAUAACCCAAUAUGUUUGCAUUCGGGGAGUGUUCAUCCUGACCACAGAGUGUGCCUCUCUCACCGUGACGCUGGUCGUCACCCUCAGGAAGUUCGUCAGCCUCAUCAUCUCCAUCUGGUACUUCCAGAACCCCUUCACCGCGUGGCACUGGUUUGGCACGGGCGUGGUGUUCCUAGGUACGCUUCUCUACACUGAGGUAUGGACGUCCUUCAAGGCCGAGAAACCAAAGAAGACUGACUAAGUAAACAAACGUGCACUCCUGCGAAGACCGUGACUCGACUCCUUUCCUGGACCAUUUGGAUGUGAAUGCUCAAAUACGCUCAGGCAAACGAAAACAUCUCAAUGGCAUAGCACAGUGACAUUCUUUACAUCCUUUCAGUCAUUCUGAUCUGAAAGGGAAUGUCUUGGCCUGUGCCAUUAGAUUUACUAAGCAUAAACUGUGCCAGGGGAAGAAUUUAUCUUUGAACGUAAAGUGAGGGUUUGAAAUAGGAACUGACUGACUUGCUGACAGUGUGUAGGAACAGGCGUAAUCCAACCAGUUGUGGCUUGUUUUUACACGGGAAGGCGUUUUUGGGUGGCUGGGCAUUUUCAAGACAGUGCUGCUACGAGGUGACUUGAGACUGGUCUUGAAUAUAUUUUAACUCUGGGACUGUUCUUGUCUUAUUGUUCAUAGCUAUGUUAAUUUGUCAUGCUUAAUGCUUAACUCAAUGUUUUAGGGAAACACCUUGAGAAGUUGCUUGCCUUUGUCAGACGCUCUUAGAAGCCAGUGUGCAAUUCUACUGUAGCAGUGAUAUGUGGAACAUGCUGUCUAUGUACGUUUAUGACACACCGGUGACCAACACGUUUUCAGUCUGAUGUAGUAUUGUGUGAUGCAAGCUAGGUAUGCGAGUUUACAAAGUGGUGGUAAAAUGACGUCUUGUUGUAGCACUCCAUAACUUAAGCCAGAUUGUGCAUAUGCAUAGAGAACUAUUUAAAAAAUUUAUCUUUUUAUUUCAUGUGCAAUUGUCUUCAUUCAUUCACCAUGACUUCAAGCUGUAACAGAACGAAUGAAAAGUCUUUAUGUCUAUCUUACUGUAUGUCUACACCAGACCAAGUGUUUUGUAUAUUUUAAAAUCACAUCUGCACUGAAAAUGACCUCCACAUUUCAUGUAACCACACUUUCAAUUUUCACUCGUCAAGGAUGUAUGAUUGAGUGAUUUAUUUUUUUCCCCCCUGAAUAUAGAGUUUUUAAAGAAUAAAAUGAUUGUGGUUUAUUUGUAUUUA